AUGGCGUCUGCCGAUCUGGAUAAUAUUUUUACCCUAAUUGAGUCAUCGGAAAAAUUAGUCGAAGCUAAAAAAAGAGAAUUAGUCGACGUUAUUCAAAAAAGAAGUUUGUGCAACGAAAACCUCAGGAAGAUUAGACAAGAAAAUGCUGAAAAAGCUUCCAAAUUGAAAAGCUUGGAAUUAACAGAAAGGGCAAUAGAGGAUGAGAAAAAUGAAUUUUUUGUAUCUGUUGAGUCAUUUUUGUCCAAGUUUGAUAUAUCAGGUGAAGGAAUAAGAGUCCGGAGGAAAGAGUUAAAGGAAAAAUCAGUACAGAUGCAAGCUGAAAAAUCAAAAUUGAUUAUUGAAAUUGAUCAGUUAGAAACUGUUCAUGAGAAGGUACUUCACCUCAAAGAAUUGCAAGCCAAGUACGAAUUUAAAAUCAGUGAGACUAAAAGACUUGAAGCUCUAAAAGAUGAGUUAACAAAAUUUCCUGACAAUGACUCUGAUUUUAAAAGAAUAUCUAAUAACUUGAAAGCUUUGAGAGAGAAAGACAUCAAAGGAUUAUGUGAAAAUUUGGCAAAAGAUUUGGAAUGCUUGGAAUUGCAAUAUAAUCUCUACUAUCCAUUUUUAGGUGAUUAG